AUGACGACCCGGGACUUUGACGUGUCGGGAGACCCGUCCACCGAUCCCACCGCUGCCGCAGCCUGGCUCUCCGCACAACGACGACGACCCAUCCGAGCCCCACACAAAACCGUCCUCUACGGCGAAUUGCUCAUCACCUCGGGCUCGCUCUCCUCCCUCACCUCGGAAGACCUCUGGUCGACGCUCGAACAGGUCGCCAUCUCCGCCAUCGAGGUCUCCCGGUUCGAUCUCGCCGAAUCGUGCAUCUCGCGUCUCACCUCGCGCUUUCCCAACUCGGCACGCGUCGUCUGCCUCCAAGGCAUGCUCCUCGAAGGCCAAUCCAAAUCCGUCCAAGCCAUCCAACUCUACGAAUCCGCCCUCGAUAGCGAUCCUACUUCCCUCGUUCUUUCGCGCAGAAGGAUCGCUGCGAUCAAAUCCACCGGUGAUACAAAACAAACCUUGCAAGCUCUCAACUCUCACCUGGACAUCUUCUACAACGAUCCGGAAGCAUGGCAGGAACUAGCCGAAGUGUAUGCUGGCCAAGGGUUGUACGCUCAAAGCGCAUUUGCGUUGGAAGAGCUGCUCUUGCAGGUUCCUCAGAAUGGAUUUUUCCAGCUGAAGUAUGCAGAGACGUUGUAUACGGGGGGUGAGUUGGGGAAGGCGUACAAAGCGUACCUUAGGGUAUUGGAGAUGUGUCAGAGCGAUGGAGGUGGGGAGGGAGGGCCUUGGUUGCGCGCCUUGUGGGGGACAAAGAUGGUCACGACAGCGUUGAUCGCAUCACCACCAAGAUCAAGCGCGACAGAAGAUUCGAUCGACCUUGCAAAAGUCAAGCAGAUCGACCAACUCGUCACCAACCUUCUUCUCAACAAGGUGUACACUCCGCAGAAAGUGGCCGAGAAGCAUCUACGGGAUACGGCGAGGACCGUGCUCGCUGCUUGA